CCCUCCUCACGCAUCCGCUUCUCUACUUCUGCCUGCGCAGCCUUGAUCCUCACGAAGACUUGUCUUCAGCCGCUCUUUGUUACCACAUACAUAGUCGCUCUUUUCCCACUCACUCUUUAAUCCUCCCACUCCCUACAGGGUAAUAGCUUAAUUUGCACGCACUUGACAAGCAUCAUGUUCACCAAAAUCUCCGUUCUCACCUUCCUGGCUGGCGCCGUCGCCGCUGUUCAUGCGCCUGUCGGUGCGCCAAAUGGCAACCCGAUUACCGCCCCUUUGAUUGAGAUCGUUCCUGCUUGCAAGCCAUACACCAUCAAGUGGACCCCGACCACCCCGAACAAAGUUUCCAUUCUUCUCCUUCGCGGCCCGUCUACCAACGUUGUUCCCCUUGGUGCCCCAAUCGCUGAAGGAAUUGCCAACAGCGGUAGCUUCGUUUGGACCCCAGCUUCAACUCUUGAGGCCGAUACCACCCACUACGGCCUCCAGUUGAUUGAUGACGUGACUGGCCAGUACCAGUAUUCUACCCAGUUUGGUAUCUCCAAGGACGCUACUUGCGGCUCGGUUUCGUCCUCGGCCUCCAUCUCGUCCUCUGGUUAUCCUACUGCGACUGUUCAUACCGCCUCGUCAACCUCCGCCAACAGCACCACCGUCGCCCCUACCACGACCUCCUGCUCCACUUCUAGCCACGUCGCCAGCACCGGAUACCCUGGUCACAACUCCACCAUCGUCCUGCCAUCCAAGAGCAUGACGGUCCCGAGCUCUCUCAAGACUUCUGCUACCGUCGCUCCAUCUGGCUCCACUACUCCAUCUCCUUCUGCACCAAUUUCAACUGGUGCGGCUUCGCAUCUCCGCGCUGGCCUCGGCCUCGCGGGUGCCAUUGCCGGUAUGGUUUUCAUGCUGUAAAGCAUCCCUUGCAACUGAGAGCAUCGAUUUCGUAUUCUCUUUGGGACAAUCUAUGGGAAAUUUACGGUUAUGACUACUAUUUCACUUCAUUUUCUCUACAAGUCGGCGUGUUGCGGGUGUUAUCAUUUUUCCUUCAUGUCUCUAAUUGAUAGCAUCGAUGGUGGUGCUUGCAUGGGGAAUUAAUGGAUGCAUGGAUCGGAAAUUGGUUCGGAGAUGUAUAAACUUGGGGAUGUACGGACUAGUGCCGUGACGAAUUGUGGUGUGGAUUGAAUUGGAUUGGAUUAUACCCUUACAAAUUAUCUGUGCCUUUGUUCUGUCGUUUUCACGUCUAA